AUGUCAAAAAGACCUCAAAUUCAUAUUUUUCUGGGAGCACCCAGUAUUCCAGGCCCACUUGAAGCAUCAGAGCAAAGUAGCUCAGCAUCUACUGCUGAAAAAUGGAGAGAACUACACUGCUUGUGUGAUACACACAAACUGUUUUCUGAAAAAGUCAAAGGUGCUGACUGCUUUGUGUUUCAGGCAGAAAGGUCUGUUAUCACAGCAGCUCCUACUGAUAACACGUAUCAGCAGUCUGAACAGGGGAGAUUAAUGGUAGCAAAAGGUUUGACAUCUCUUGUACCUAUGGCGGUAACUUGUACCACCACAUGUAAAAAGACUGAAAGUUUCGUUGAUAGUCAAAUGUCUAAAGAUGGAUGCACAUAUGCAAAUGUAAAUCAGGCUAUGGACCAACACCCGCAAAAAUUUGCGGACUCAGCUAGUCAAGAUAAACAACCACCUGGCUGUUUUUCAGAUCUCAUGGAAAGAAGAGCUAGUAAUUUUAAAGCUAACAUCUCUGACAUUUCUGAUUUGGUUGCCAGUACUAAGCAGAUUAGCAUACAUCUAAGAUCUGUGGGACAGGGUGUUCAAUCAGAUCAUACAAGUGAUCAUCCUGAUCGAAGUCAACAUUUGGAUAUGUUUUUCCUCCAAAAUCAAGAGUCAAAACCAAAACGAGAAGCAAGUGAUUGUUCAGACUUCGCAGUGUCCACAGAGACUGAAUUUCGUAGUGUAAUGACUUCGAGUCAGAUGGCUGCUUUGACACAGGUUCAGAAUGACAUACAGAAGAGAAUCCUAAAGCUACCAGAAACAAAAGCAGGGAAAAAACCUGAAGUAAAGCAUCAUGAUUGCUUCCAAUUUGAUUCUGAGGUUGGAACAUGCCAUAAUGUGGCUGAAAAUGAAUAUGAGGAAGUGUAUCCAGGCUCCUUUGAACUUUUCAGCUCUCAGUGUGAUAGGAAAAAUAUUUGUGUUGAAGCUGCAAAACAAGAAGGAAGUGCUCAAGAAAAUACAGAGAAGGCUCAAGAACUUCAUGUUCCUGUUGCACAAUUUGUAAAUGAAAUCCAUAUUGAACCACUGAACUCAGGAAUAUUGUGCUCUCAAGUAGACAGUUGUCAUAAGAGCUCUUCUAAAGGAGCCCAUGAUUGGGAAAAUUCCUUUCCUGUUUUUAACUCAGCACUCAAAAGACACAUGAAAUCAAAGCGAGCUAAACUGAGUUCUUCUCCAGCUGGUCCUGGGAUGAAAGUGGUUCAAGAGAAGAUGACAGAGUUCAAGAAACUUCAGAAGAAACUAUCACCACUUAAGAACUGCUGCUGCAAAAAUCAAAAGUACAAUGUUUUGGUCACAGUAGUACAUCCUUGUCAUAUAAAAGAAGUGCAGGUGAAGACUAGACCAAAAUCUUCAUGUAAAGUUCCUGUAGCAACAAUUGUAGUUAUUGACCAGUCCAAAGUUGAAAGAAAGGUGGUGUUGUGGCAUGGCGCUGCAUUUUGGUCACUGACUCUUUUUCCUGGGGAUAUUGUACUGCUUACAGAUGUAAUAAUGUAUGAGAAUAUUUGGUAUGGAGAAAUCAUGCUACAAUCUACAUUCACCAGUCAGCUACUGAAUCUUGGCAACUACUCAGCUCUCAAUCCAGAGGAAUUUUAUCCUGUAGUGGAUGGUGGUGUUCUUCAUGGCUUGUUGGCAUACAUAGUAUCAGAAUUUCCACAUUUUGGAGACAUUCCUCAAAGACAAGUUCAGAGACUGGAUAGUGUUCAGUAUGUGCAGCUAGACCAGCUCCAGCCAAAUAUAUUGGUUCACUCAAUCUUGAAAAUUAUCAGCAUUACCAUAUUAACAGAAUCUGUGUAUAGCUACAGAGGUGGCAACCAAAGGAAAAUUAUUCUAACAGUAGAACAAAAGAGCGAUCAACACUACAGGAUGGUGCUAUGGGGAGCAGGGGCUGCCUGGUACCCUCAGAUUCAAAGGAAAAAAGAUCACAUAUGGGACUUCAAGUACCUUCUGGUCCAGUGUAGUUCUGUGUCAGGUGACUUUGAACUGCACACAACUCCAUGGUCAUCCUAUGAGUGCUUAUUUGAUGAUGACAAAAGAGCAGUUGAAUUUAAAGAAAAGUUUCAGAAAAGCAAAAUAACCAGUGUGCAGAUGACAAAGCUCUCAGCACAUUUGAAGGAAAAAUGUUCAGGGGUAUUUCAAGUGAAAGCCCGUAUCUUGGAACUGAAGUUUACCAUUUCAACUGGACAGUACAAGCAACUUGUCUUCAGUGCUGAUAACUCACUGGAGUCUGUUUUGGCUUCUCUGCCUAUGAUUACAUAUUCAGGUUGUGCUAAAUGUGGUUUAGAACUACAAACAGAUGAGAACAUGAUCUACAAGCAGUGUAUGAGAUGUUUGCCAUUCAACAAAGUAAAAACAUUCUACAGACCUUCUUUGAUGACAAUAGAAGAUGAAGGAUAUGAAAUUUAUGUGCAUGUGGCAUCUGAGUUGAUGGAAAAAAUCUUCCUCAAUAUCCCUGCAGAUUGGCUCAACAGAUUAGUAGUGCCCUCUUCAGAUAUAACCUACAGCACAAUUGUAGCAGAUCUGUGUCAUUUGCUGCUAGCAGAUACUGAAGCAUCCUAUUUGUUGGAAAUAAGGAGCCGUUUUGUGCUAGAUGAAAAUAGCUAUCCUUUGCAAAAAGAUUUCCAUCUGCUAAAUUUUCGUCCUGAUCUUUGGAACACUGACUGCUGCAGUAACAGUUAA